AUGCCACGUCAGCGUCGUGGCUGCGUCAAAGACAAGGAGACCUCAGAUGACAGAGCCCUGCCUCCGAAGAGUCCGAGUCCUACCUCAAGCAAGCUUUCCAAAAGGAAGGGAAGACUGCUGGCCACAUCUCUACCAGCCUGGAGCAAGGAACCAGUGGUCUUCAAGGAUAUAGCCCUGUACUUCACCCAGAGUGAGUGGAAGCUGCUGAAGCCUGCGCAGAAGGCCCUGUACAAGGAUGUGAUGCUGGAGAACUACAGCAAUUUGGCCUCCCUGGUGGGGUGUCAUUUCUUCAAGCCGACAUUGAUCACCAGGCUGGAGCAGGGCAUCGAUCCGUCCCUGGAGGACAGACCGGCCCCCGGAGGCCCCCCGCGGGAGGAGGACGAGGGAGGCGCUGCCAGCGCGGCCUCGGCAGGCAAGAAGACACGGCGUAAAUCAAAGACAAAACCGAAGCCAGACAGUUCAAAGACUCUGCUACAGGAGAAGGCAGAGAAAACCAUCCAAAGGGCUAUCGCCCAGAGUGCUAGGGCAGAAAGGGCCUCAAAAAGGGCCUUGAAAAGGGCCUCUGAAGAGGCCUCUGAAAGGGCUCCCAAAAGGGCCCCGGAAAGGGCCUCAGAAAGCGAGGACAGGCCAUCUCCAAGUAACCAGAAAGCUGGCCCCAGCCCAGACACAAGAGCAGGCAAGAAAGUCUCUGCUGCUGAGAAGGAGCAUGAGCCCGUGGCCCCAAAGGAACCUUCGAGUCAAAAACCAGGAACCUCAGCACCAGAGAACGUGUCCCCUGCUGAGAAAGAGCAUGAACCCGGGGCCCCGAAGGAACCUUCGAAUCAAAAGCCAUCAACCUCAGCACCAGAGAACGUCUCCGCUGCUGAGAAGGAGCAUGAGCCUGUGGCCCCGAAGGAACCUUCCAGUCAAAAGCCAUCAACCACGGCACCAGAGAACGUGUCCCCUGCUGAGAAAGAGCAUGAACCCGGGGCCCCGAAGGAACCUUCGAGUCAAAAGCCAUCAACCAUGGCACCAGAGAACGUCUCCGCUGCUGAGAAGGAGCAUGAGCCCGUGGCCCCGAAGGAACCUUCGAGUCAAAAACCAGGAACCUCAGCACCAGAGAGCGUCUCCGCUGCUGAGAAAGAGCAUGAGCCUGGGACCCCGAAGGAACCUUCGAGUCAAAAGCCAUCAACCUCAGCACCAGAGAAUGUCUCCGCUGCUGAGAAAGAGCAUGAGCCCGUGGCCCCAAAGGAACCUUCGAAUCAAAAGCCAUCAACCACGGCACCAGAGAACGUGUCCCCUGCUGAGAAAGAGCAUGAACCCGGGGCCCCGAAGGAACCUUCCAGUCAAAAACCAGGAACCUCAGCACCAAAGAAAACCCGUCAAGGAAAGAAGACCCCGGAAAAAGGCACUGGUAAGAAAACACAGAGUGCCACGGGCUCCAAGAAAAAGCCUCAGAGCCCCCGAAAGGGUAAGAAUCACUUUAAAUGUAAGGAAUGUGGAAAAACCUUCAACCAGACCCUCCACCUGGUGGAGCAUGAGCGAAUCCACACGGGAGAGAAACCACAUAAGUGUGACGUGUGUGGGAAGUCCUUCAGACACAGCUGGUACUUUUUCACCCACCGCCGCAUCCACACGGGGGAGAGGCCCUACAAGUGUAAGGAGUGCGGCAAGGCCUUCAACAGCAGCUCCACCCUCAGCAGCCACUUCAGGAUCCACACCGGGGAGACGCCCUUCAAGUGCAAUGAGUGUGGGAAGACCUUCAAGCAGAGCACGAAGCUCACUCGCCACCGCAGGAUCCACACCGGGGAGAAGCCCUACAAGUGCGAGGAGUGUAAGAAGUGCUUUGGCCGCAGCUCGUCCCUGACCGAGCACAAGAGGAUCCACACGGGAGAGAAGCCCUACUGCUGCCGCGAGUGUGGGAAGACCUUCAGGGUCAACUCACACCUCGUGGAGCACCGCCGGCUCCACCAAGCGGAGAAGCCGCACAAGUGUGAAGAGUGUGGAAAGCACUUCCGGAACCGUGCUCACCUGACAGAGCACAAGCAGAUCCACGUGCCGGGAGCCCGCGAGGACUGUCCCGAGUGUGGGAAAGCCUUCCCCAGCAAGGCAGCCCUCCUCAAGCACCAGAAAAGCCACGGGGAGGACUCCUUGCACCGGUGCCAGGGCUGUGGAAAGGCCUUCCGGUGUAAGUCGAGCAUCAUACGGCACCAGCGGCUGCACGCGGGGCAGAAGCCGUUCGUGUGCACCGAGUGUGGGAAAGGCUUCACUGAUAGGACCACCCUGAAUAACCACCGCAGAAUCCACGCCGCAGACAGGCCGGACCCCUGCGCACAGUGUGGGAGGUCCUUCAGGCACCUGGCCACCUUGACGCUCCACCUGAAAAUGCAUGCUAGGAAGGGAAAGUAAGGCCUCCUGGCCCAGAAAGAGCCCUUGUCCAGAACUACCCCAGAGCCACCAGCAAGGUCAGACCAGGGAGACUGUUCUAGUGGACACUGCCUGGUUUCCAUCUGACUUUACUUCAGUGGUUCCCCACGGACGGUUCCUCUUCCCACAACAUUUGUGCGGUAUCAGGAGAUAUUUCUGAUUGUCCCUACUGGGAGGUGCUACUGGCAACUGGAACCUGUGGAUAGAGGCCGAGUAUACAGAAAAAUAAUCCUACAACAUGACAGACAGGCUUCCUCACCUUCCAACGAUAAAGAACACCCUGCCCAUCUCAAGCAAAAGCCCUGUGAGUAACUGAGUGUGAGAGGGCAUUCUGGUAGGUUCCUGUGCUGUCCAACACAAUAACCACUAAUGUACACACCUACAUUUAGAGGAAUCAACAUGGAAUAAAUUCUAAAUGCAAUCUCUUCAGUGCACUAACCACCCAUCAGUGUCAGUGGUCAGUGGCUACUGCAUGGACCUUGGAGAUGAACAACAUCCUCAGCAUCGUGGGAGGUUCUCCUCAGCACUGAUCAAGAUCUCAGUUGUCAGAAAUCUCACAUGGGAUGCUCCCGCGGAAGUAAGAAAAUGGGUGACACUUAAUUUGUGUUUUCCUUAUAGUCAAAUGUAGGGUUUUAUAAAUGGC